AUGUCGGAUCAGAUGGAUUCUGGCAUAAAGCUCUUCGGGCGGGUGAUCCCGUUGGUUCCUGACGCUGCGCCCGGGCCGCCGGAAGCGGAGGCGACGGCCGGCUCCGAGCACCCACCGCCGCCGCCGCCGCAGGAGUCAGAGGCCGAGGCAGAGGCUGAUAAUAAUAAGGAACAACACAAAGAAACAAAAGACAAAGGCGAUAGUGAAAUGAAGGUGGACGCUCCAGAAGAGAAAGAAGAUGGUGGAAUGAAAGGUGAUGAACUAAGGGAGAGAAAAGAUGACGAAAUGGAGGUUGAUGCACCACAAGCCAAGCAAAAUGCAGAAACAGCCAGUUCAUCUACCUUGGACCAUAAGAAAGACGACCAGGCCCAGAUAAGCAAUGCUGAAGAGAAGGUGGCAUCAGACCCGAAGGAGGAGAAUGAGAAGAAAUCAAAUGACGAAUCAGGCCAGGAUAAGGUGCUCAAGAAGCCAGAUAAAAUUAUACCUUGCCCUCGGUGCAACAGCAUGGAUACAAAGUUCUGCUAUUACAACAACUACAAUGUUAAUCAACCAAGGCACUUCUGUAAGAAUUGCCAAAGGUAUUGGACUGCAGGGGGGAGUAUGAGGAAUGUACCUGUCGGUGCUGGGAGGCGCAAAAGCAAGAAUUCAGCGCUGCACUACCGUCAGUUGUUGAUGGCCCCUGAUUGUCUGCUGGGGUCUAGAGUAGACAUCUCUGACACAGUGAACCCAGAAGUCCUUGCAUCUCUACCUUCCAUCCCGACACAAUCAGCCAGUAGAAAUGAAACAGUUCUCAAGUUUGGGCCUGAGGUGCCACUUUGUGAAUCGAUGGUAUCGGUGCUGAACAUUGAAGAGCAGAAUGUGACCAAUGCUGGAUCUGUACCAAGAGAUGAAACCAGGGAAGGUAACUCGUGCGCAUCGACUACCACAUCAAACAAUGGGUUACCUGCAAACGCAGUCCCGCCUGGUCAGAACGGAGCGCCUGUUUACUGUAAUGGGGUUGGUCCGGUGCCUCAGUAUUACCUUGGACCUCCUUUCAUGUACCCAUGGAGCAUGGGGUGGAACAACCUUCCUGUAAUGGUGCCGGGUGGAAGUAUGCCCGAGUCUGCUUCUCCAUCAGAAAGCUGCAGCACUAGUUCGGCGCCAUGGAUGAACUCUCCCAUGAUGCCAGGCUCAAGGCUUCCUGCACCCCCGUUUCCAUAUCCUAUUGUUCCACCUGCACUCUGGGGUUGCUUACCAAGCUGGCCAGCCGCGGCAUGGAACACACCAUGGGUCGGGACCAACGGGUGCAUAUCGCCGUCUGGGUCAAGCAACAGCAGCUGUUCAGGCAAUGGGUCUCCUACUCUGGGGAAGCAUUCCAGGGACCCCAAUCCACAGAAAGAUGACAAGGAGGAGAAAUCACUAUGGGUUCCCAAGACGCUCCGCAUCGAUGACCCCGAUGAGGCAGCGAAGAGUUCCAUAUGGGCAACUCUUGGCAUCAAACCUGGAGACCCUGGCGUCUUCAAGCCUUUCCAGUUCAAGGGUGAGAGCAAGGGCCAGCCAGCAGAUGCACGCCCUGCCCGUGCUUUACAGGCGAACCCCGCAGCGUUUUCUCGGUCGCAGUCGUUCCAGGAGAGCUCUUGA